UGCCGAACCCCGGUGUCACCACAACCACUGCAGCAGCAUGGAGCUCCCCACCUGGCUGCCCUAUCACAAGUGGUAGCAAAGGGGUCAAGCCCUGCCGAACACAGGCCUUAGGCCUUGCUCCCACCUCCCCAGGUCAGCUUUCUACUUCCCCAGGUGCUCACAACAUGACUACCCACGGGUCCACCUACUGCCCGGUGCCCUUGGAGAGGAGGGGGGCACGGGCCCCCACAAAGGGGGCAGAGGCUGCGGGGCAGCCGGCCCAGGUGGAGUACAUGACCUGGUACCAGAGCGACUUCCCAGCACGUGCCUCCCUGCCUGCCCGAGCCCUGCUUGCCCAGCCCGCUCUGGACAACCUGGCCAUCAACCAGAGCCUCGGCACCAGCUUCCAGACAGUGCAGAGGGAAAGCUACCGCGGCUGGGACCCUGGCAGGUACCCUCGCGCCGGCCUCGUCAGGCUGAAGGAUGAGCUGGGGAGAGAGCGGGGUGGAGAAUUCAGUGGAGACACAGUGACCAAGCUGUCCUACCCACCUCUGCCACUGGACAGGCCUUCUGGGACCGUCCAGCGACCCACCACAGUGCUGAAGUCCCUCGCGGCCAAAUUCAGCGAUUCCACAGCCCACAAGUUCUUCUUCAGAGACUGGGGAGCACAGCCCCGAAUCCGGCACGGUGACCCCCACGAUGGCAUCUACAUCCGGCCGCUGGCCAAGUUCGAAUGCCAAACCACCACGCACAGCACCUACCUGCCCAAGAGAGCAGAGAAAGCAAAGAGCUGCAAACCUGAGCAGCAGGCCAUGGAGGCACAGGGAGAGCAGGACUUCUCCACCACCCACAGGGACUCGUACAGGCUGCUGCCGCUCCCAGUUUGUCGUCUGCAAACGUACCUGAUUCAGCAACAGCAGAAGGCAGGAGAAGAGGUGAAUUCUCUUGCACCUGUUGAAGCCUAGAGGCGGGACAGCAGGCAGAAAGGAGGGCAGGGCAGCACCUGAGACUGUCCGGCUCGGGGAGGCGUGAGCUGUUGCGGGCAAAAGCCUCCUUCAUCAGAUGCAAGGAACAAGACUAGAAUCGGAUGAAGGAGGCUGCUGCCUACGAAAGCUCAUGCCUUGUGAGCCACUUGGUCCCCAAGCUGCUGCCCUGCCUUCUGCCAAUUGAAGCCUGAGAUGGACAGUGGACCUCCUGGCAAGGCAGCUCUAUCCAUGGGGGGGGACGACUUGGCAGGAGAGGAUGGGUUUUUUAGUGUAUCUUAACAAUAUUAAAAUGCCUCAUCUAAAAUGUGAGACGCA